AUGACCUUGUGAAACCAGGUCCUGUAGAGAGGUAAGGACAUAAUUUCAGACGUCUGCUAGGAAAAGGAGUCUCUCUUUCGUCGCCCGAAUGCUAAGUUGAUGCCCUUCCCUAGAAGUCUUCCCAUUAAUUAAGUUGGUCUGAAGGUCAUAAACCAUGAUCGAUAUGGAGGCUGGUUGCUGCAAGGUGCUAACUGACAUCCCCAGAGAGGAACACGUGUCAACAAUCCAUAGAGAAGAGCAGAGCACUGCUAGAUUUAUGGCUUUGAUUUUGAAAAGCCUCUCCAAGGUGCAGCCACCAUGAUGUCAGCAGGCUGAUGAUGGAAGAGAAGGAAUCUGGGACACCCUGUGCUCCAGCAUCUCAGGACGAUGGAUGGAGGACAGCCUGUCCCUUCACCCCUAGUGCCCCUUGGGAACGUGUCGUCAGAUUCUAGCAUGUCUCUGGAGCAGAAAACCACGUUUGUUUUUGUGAUUUUGUUGUUUAUUUUCUUGGGCAUCCUCAUUGUCAGGUGCUUCCGGAUUCUUCUGGACCCAUAUCGGAGCAUGCCAACCUCAACCUGGGCUGACGGACUUGAAGGCCUGGAGAAAGGGCAGUUUGACCAUGCCCUCGCUUAGCAGGACAGGAGCGAGAGCCCAUCCUGAGGAGGAGAAGCGCUUCAUGUCUCAGUGAGGAAUUCUCUUUAGUCAGCGUUCUCAGCAACUCAAGUUUUAACCAUAUCUGGUUCUAGGACCACAAUCCAUGUUUUCAGUAAACAUUUGAGGAUAUUAGAAACGGAGGUUUAUGUUACUAACCAAAAAUAGGAAGGUUGAAAUUUUGAUAUUUAUUCAAUGAAUGAAUGUUGGUGAAUGUGUGUGAUGGUGAAACCAAGAGCAUCAAUAGUGACUUUGCCUAAAAUGAAGCCCUGCCGGACCUGACAAGAGAAAAAGACUAGAAAGGAUCUGAUUUGAAUCUGAUGACAGGGCCAAAAAGAGACUUCCUCACUCUAAUCGUGUCUCCCAGUUUGUUUUAUUUUCAUAGGAAUCUGGGUCCUAGGUAGAGAAUGAGGAAGAAGUUGCUGAAUGGACCCAAAGCAGGCACUUGCUUUCUCCUAGAGCAAAGAGCAUUGGGCGGCAAUGGGAGCUCUUAGAAGAAGUGGUUAAUCCCUGGAAAAUAUGAGUGAGGAUGAUACCAUUUUACUUUUCAAAUAGAACCAAAUUCAAAGGCUUAUGGAGGUUUUAAAACUAUUUACCAGGCCACAUGCAUUCUGUGUAUUUGUAUUAUUAACCUGAGUAGAGGUAGCGAUACAUAAUCUGAAUUUACUUUCUUUGCACAGUUGAUUGAAAUAAUAGAUUGCAAAUGCUGCUCGUUUUUUUUUUUUUAAUAAAAAGUUAAUUGUUUAGAGGAGAAGACUUUUACAGUCUUAAGAGGAAUGUGUGUUUAUGACUGAAUAUAGAAACCAAAUAAAACUUUUCAAGAA